GGUAGCCGGAAGCGGUCUAGCCAACCAGACUGCCCCCGACUCGGCCCGACCGGCUACAUGCCCUGCCAUGACGCAUCUCCUCCACUCCUUUCCCCGCUUCCGCCAUCUCUAAACCCUAGAACGCCGGAGCGCGCCAAAUCAAUCGCGCCCCUGCUCAGAAUCUGUACCAAAUCGAACGAGAAAGAACGAAAGCGAAGGAAACAACUCUCGAAUCUGGCAAUGGAUCGCUCCCGCUCGAAGCGCGGCUACCACUACGACCAGGACUCGACGCCGCCCCGCUCCAAGCCGCGCUUCGACCGCCGAAGCGGCGGCGGCCAGAAUCCUAACUCCAGCUACCACCGCCGCGGGCCCCCCGGUGGGGGCGUAGACUCCGACCGCCGCGGCUUCCUCCCCCCUGACGCCGCGCCGCUCCCGCCGCCUCGUCCCCCUUCUUCGUCAGCCGUGGCAGGGGCGCCGGGCUGUGGCCCCGCCGCAACCACCACCACCUCCUUCCGCAUCCUGUGCCCGGAGUCCAAGGCCUACGGCUUCCCGCCCGGCUUCGUCGCCAAGGUCCGGGAGGACAGCGGCGCGCUCGUCAACGUCCACCCGACCUUCGCGGGUGACUAUGUCCGGGUCAUCGAGACGGUCGACGGCGCGCGGCGCGAGGCGGACGGCCGCCAGCCCAUGUUCUCCCCGGCCCAGGAGGCGCUCCUCACGGUGCACCGCCGGAUCCUUGAGACGGACGCCGAUGACGGGGACGAGGACGGCGAGUACGGGCCCAGGGGAAAGGACCCCCGGGACAGGGGGAAGACCACCACGCAGCUCAUCGUGCCAAGGCUGCACGUUGGCUGCCUGCUUGGCAAGGGUGGGAAGAUCAUCGAGCAGAUGAGGAUGGAGACCAAGACGCACAUCAGGAUCCUGCCGCGCGACCAGAACACCCCGCGGAGUGUGUCCUUGUCGGAGGAGGUUGUGCAGGUUGUUGGAGAUGGGAAUAAUGUUAAGAAGGCUGUAGUAAUAAUCUCUGAUCGCCUAAAGGAAAGCUUACACCGUGAUCGUGGUCCCUUCCGUGGGCGGAUGAAUUCACCAGAGCACCGCAUUUCUCAGGAAGAUGAAUAUUUGGGUGGUACUCAGCAGAUGCCUGCAUAUGAAGAACCUUAUGGGCGAACCGAUCAGAUUAGGAACAAUAGUGGCAUGGAGCCACCAGGAUAUGAGUUUGAUUCAAAUGGUAGCAAGGUCAUUGAACAUCCAGAGUUUCAGUAUGAUGAUAUUGUAUUCCGAAUUCUUUGCCCAAAUGACAAGGCUAACAGUUUAGUUGGAACACGUGAUGGAAUAAUAGAGGUGCUACAGGCAGAUGUUGGCAUUGAUGUUAGACUUACUGAUAUUGUUGCUGGUUCUGACGAAAGGGUAGUACUCGUCACAUCCAGAGAGGGCCCAGACCAUGAGCUUUUCCCAGCUCAGGAAGCACUGCUGCACAUCCAAACUCAUAUUGUAGACCUUGGCCCUGACAAGGAUAACAUUAUCACAACAAGACUACUUGUACCUUCAACUGAAAUUGCUUUCUUUGAGGGAAGGGAUGGAUCACUAUCUGAUAUACAGAGACAGACUAGUGCAAACAUACAGAUAUUACCAAGAGAAGAUCUUCCAUCUGGCGCUCUAGAGUCUGAUGAACUCAUACAGAUUGUCGGAGAGAUUAGAGCUGCUCGGAAUGCUCUUAUGCAAGUAACUACGAAAUUAAGGAGUUACCUAUACCGUGAGAUGUCUGGUCCUAUUCAAGUUAGCAACAGUAAUGUACAUGGAUCCAUUUCUCCAGCAAUAGGCUCGCCUCGAGGACCAUACCAGGGAAAUGAUCUUCCAAUGGCUGCUUACCACGAAGCACCACAACUGUCAACUUCAUGGCAUUCAAAGGAUAGUGGAGGCAGUGCAAGUGGAUCAUUUGAGCAAGGUAGCAACAUUAAUGAUGAUAUCAGUCGAAGUACUACAAAACGAUUUGCCGUUCCUCUAGUGACUAGAAGCACAUUAGAAGUUGUCAUACCAAGGAGUGCUGCUGCAAGCCUCACCAUGACGGCUGGUAGUAAGCUCGUCCAAAUAAGUGAGAUGUCUGGUGCUACUGUCAUGCUUGCUGAAGAUAGACCUGAAGUCAUGGAGAAAGUAAUUCGAAUAUCUGGUACCCCUGAGCAGGCUGACAAAGCUCAGAGUUUGCUGCAGGGAUUUAUUCUUAGCAUUCUUUACACUAUAUUGACAGGGACAAGUAGUUCCAAACUGAACUGAGAUGAGCUCCAAGAAUUGCAGCCAGCAAUGCCGUCCUGGUUCGUUCUCUGGUCACAAGUUACGAUUUGGAGGACACGGCGGCGACGGCGUUGAGCCCCUGCGUGAGGCCGUGGAUGGCCUCGUAGCUACGGGAAUCGAGGCCAAUACAGCAUGUCGAGGGUUGCUCCUAACAAUGGUAUCGGGGUAUACCUGAUGACGGGAGUGUGAUCUGCGACCUAGGGCUGAAUGUCCUAGCUACGUGCGUGUGAUGAACUCAAGAACAUAGGGAGUUAUCCAGGUUCAGAUCUCUCUUUAGAUAAUAACCCUACAUCCUGUGUAUUUUUUAAUAUAGGUCUAAAUGAACUGGAUCCGCUCUCCUCCUUCUCUCUAUCUCCCUCUCUUUAUAUAUCCAAGGGAGAGAGUAUUUAUAUAGGGACCCAAACUAGACCCAGGCCUAGCUAAUCCUUCUAAUAUAUGCCCAUCAUUAUGACGAGUGGCUGCAUUCCACUUGCCCUGUCAGUCUGCAGGGUUUGUACCAUCGGUCCCACACCCACAUCAUCAUUAUCGCAUGGCCUACUAGGUCUCGUCUCCACGCCUCGUCUGCACUCCUGAAAAUCUACUACAAUGCUUUAUCAGACUGUCCUGUAGUGUUUAAUGUUACAAGAUGAGACAUGACAAGCCUGUGCUGGUCACGUCUAGGUCUACCCGGAAGGACGACCUAGGUAAGAGAUGACACUUGACUGGAAAAGUAUGUAAUAAAAUUUGACUGAUUAGGCACAUACCUGCAUUGCGACCAAAGAAAAUUAGUCAUGGGGUUUUCCUCCGAGACCUGGAGACUGGUCGAAGAAACUGGUCGUGUGGUCACUGGCUGGACGCGUCGGGGGACCAUGCUCUUGCCCAAUCAUGACGUGUAGAAAAGGUUGAUAUUUGAUCAUCGUGGAACCGAUAACUCAAUCUAGAAACACUAACCAUACUCUAUAAUUGUCAACAACCCCCCUUUACAUCAUUCAUUGCAGGCCCAACCAUAUUCACCAUCUCUUACACAUUUACACUAAUAAGCUCUGUAUGAAAUGGAACAUACAAAUUCUACUUCGCUAGUCACUAGCCUUAACAUACACAACAUGUCAAGCUCGCAAAAAAAAUUGCAAAAGAACAUCUUCUACUAGCUAA